UGGUAAAUUUGUUGCGACCUAGAAAAGCAAUUUUCGAGAAAAAUCUGGCUGUAUCGUUUAUGGGUGAAGAUAUAGUCCAGACCCUUGGGAAACUAAGGGGUAAACCUGAACAAGGUAUCCAACAAAAAAUAGCCCAAUAUCAAAACCGAAUAGGGCAAAUGGAAACCGAGGAGAUAAGAGACUUUUUUGCUGAAUUAAGUCCAUUUAUCCAAGCCCACACCAAGGACGACAAAGCCCAACAAGCCGAAGCAGAUUUUCAAAAAGGCCGAGAUAAUUCGCUAACCAUUAAAAGUUUGCUCGCUGUAUUUAAUAGGCUAGUUGCUUUGAGCCAAACGGCCACCCAAGAAAAAGCCGAUUUAUUGAUUGAAUUAUUGGAGCCUUUUACUAUUAGUUAUAAUCCUAAUUCUCCAAGAGGAAAAAAGCAGUGGUACGGGGCAAGCAAUUUUGCGGAAUAUAACCUGGCUACGUAUGGAAAAAAUGUUUUUGGGGAAACAGUUCAAGCGUAUAUCGACCAGAACGAGCAGUUUGGGGGAAGAGGAAACGAAGUAAGAACCGUUUUGAAAAAAUUACGUGAAAUAAAAGUCGGAACAGUCCAAGCCGAGGAAAAUACUGCUAACCAAAACAAUAAUAACCAAACUAACGAAACUAACAAUAAUAGCGACCAGACAAACAAUAAUGACGCCCAACUAGCCGCUGAAAAUAAAGUAAAAACAAUUAUAAAAUCCGCUAAUGCGGCAUUAACCAGUAGUGAUUUAGGAGUAGUCGAAAAAGCCACCGCCGAAUUAAAUAAUUUAUGGUUCAGCAAUAACCAGCAAGAGCAAUUAAAAAAUUCUGGUCCCCAAGGAGAAAACAAUCAAAAAGAUGACCCAAUUCAACCGGACCGCGCCGCGGCUAUUACGGAAAUCGCUGAUAAACUGACCGAGAGGGGA